UUUUGUAGUUCUGAGAUUUUUUUCUAUUCCUGAAGCUGUCUAAUUAUCACCAGACAUUCAGAGGCUAUUUUCAACCUUUUAGUGCCUGUUAGACAGAAUGAAAGGACAAUAACAAUGAAAAAGAGACUUUCUGAGAGAAGUUUCUGCCAUGUGCUCUGACACCAGCUCUUCGCUUGCCCUCUGGACACCCGAUGCUUUAUGAAACGUGUGUUAUUUGACAAUAGAUUUAUUUGUGAUGCUAUUCCAAAGCUGUUUUUUACUCAUUCCACUUAAUCUUGAAUUAUUAAUGAGGUUGAUCCACGCCUUACCGUAACUUGCUGUAUUGAUUCACAUUAAAAUCAAAGUUUUGGUUGAGGCAGUAUUGAGGAGGAAAUCUAGGCCAAAAGAUGGCUAGAUCGAUAGAAGCGGCCCCAACAUGAUUCGAGAUAUCUACAAUCAACCAGCUCGUAUUUUCGUACUAAUAAACAAGUGAUACCAAGAACUUUACAUUGGAAGUGGCAAACUUAGAGCUUCUGUCUACCCAAGGUUAGUUACCGCAUUGUUUGAAGAAUUCCUGGCAGCAUUAAAAUGUCGAACAACAAUUUAUCGUCUGAAAGCAUACCAUUGAUGUCUCAAGGAGACAAUGCGAAGGAAGAUGUUGACGAGUCUUCGGAGGAAGAAAAGGCAGAAGAAAUUGAAGGAAACCUUGAGAAUUGGCAGGCAUCCAUGCAUCUGAUGAAAGCAUUUGUGGGCGUUGGGGUUCUAGGACUGCCAUCUGCUGUACGGCACACUGGGCUAGUGGCAGCACCAAUCGUUUUGCUGGCCGUUGGACUUGGAUGCAAAUAUGGCAUGGUAAUAUUAGCAAGCACAAUUAGGGCAGUAAAAGAAAGAAUAGAUGCUCCGUCUCUAACAUAUGGACAGUUAACCAGGGAACUCUUCUCUCUUCAUAGCGAGAUAGUUGGACGGUUUUCAAAAAUUUUCCUUGAUGUCAUAAUUUCUACUAUGCAGCUUGGAUUCUGCGUUGUGUAUAUCAUAUUUAUUGCAUCAACAAUGCACAAGCUGAUCGGCAGCAUGGAACAAAUCGUUCUUGCCACCAUUUGCAUGCCUUUUAUACUAGCAUUGGCACUUAUUCGAAAUGUCAAGAGAAUCGCUGUUUUUGCCAUGUUUGCAAAUGUUGCUGUUGGUGUUGCAGUAGUGAUAAUGAUGCAGUAUUUUGUAACACAUAUAAAAAGAAUUCCUUCAGAACAGACUAAUCCUACUGUGUUUAUGGUUGGAUUUGGUCAAAUAUUAUAUGGAUAUGAAGGAAUAGGAAUGGUAACUUCAUUGGAAAAGAACUUGCGAAAAAAAGACAGUCUGCAAAAAAUACUUAUUAUAACACUGGCUAUCGUCAUAGUUUUGUAUUCUGCCUUUGGGGUGCUGGGGUAUCUCUGUUUUGGUGACAGCGUCCAACCGACUGUGGCUCUCAACCUUCCUAGUGAGCCGCUGUACUCAUAUUUGGACGUUGUGUAUAUUCUGAUAGUAUUGAUCUCGUACCCAAUCCAGUUCCUUGUGCCUGUCGACAUUGCCGUUUCGUACUUUGAAGAAAGUUUAAGUAAAAGAGGCUUAAAAUAUGCUGAAUACGGAAUUCGCGCUGGGAUGGCAAUUUUAACUUACGUUUUUGCGAUUCUGGUUCCUCAGCUUGACAAUGUUAUGGGCCUAAUUGGCAGUUUUUCUGGAGCCUUGAUCACGUUCAUCUUUCCUCCUUUGCUGCAUACCAUUUGCUUCUGGAAUGAAGGCCUUUCAAAAUAUCAGUUGGUUGCUAAUGUUUGUCUUUUGGUUUUUGGUGUUCUUACUUCAGUCAUAGGAACAUUUUCAUCAUUGAUAGAAAUUAUAAGAAGAUUUGAACAUCAAACAAUGUGAUAGUUACAAGAUACAUAAUAUGAUCUGGUUUUUAUCAACAUUGUGAGAACUCAGAUAUACACGUCUCUCCAGUUUAGAUGAAAUAAAUGCAAUUGUAUGUAAAAGUAAAUUUCAUGCAUUCAUUUUCCGUCUUGUACAAGAAAAUUAAAUAUCUAAUAAAUUCAAGAACCCCAUUAUAUAAAAUUGAUAACUUUAAUUCAAAUUUAGCCAAGAAGUCUCUGCUCGUAUAUGCUCGCAAGUUCAUUGUUUUUCAAACCACCAAAAAAGAAUU